AUGCUCAAGGAAUUCUCACAAUCUUUUGAGCGCUACUCACUUCCCGAAAAGUCAGAAUAUUUAGAAAUUUCAAUUUUGGUUGAACAAGACUUUGAUUCAAUAGAGUAUUCUAAAUUAAGUGAGGCUCACUUUUUGCAAUUAAUAAAUCUUGCUCAAAAUCAAUUAAAGCACUUUCUAGAGUCUAGAUUUAUAUAUGAAGCAGUCCCAGAAAAUUCAAAGAUAAUUGCCGUCAGUUCAAAUUUACCUUUAAUAAUUACUCUCAGUUUUUUGUUGGAAGAUAAAAAAAAGUCUCUUUUAGUAUAUGACGAGUUGGAAGAUUCUUUUAUUGGGUCAUUUACAUGCUUUGAUGCUUUAUUAAUUUUUUAUAUAUUAUAUAUUUUAGUCAAGAAUGAAAAUUGUCGAGAAAUAGAUGACAAUUUUCCAUUUAAGUCAUUAGAAGAGCUUUCAACAUGCAGUACAAAGUUUUGGUUAAAGGAAGUUUUGGAUACAGAUGAUACUCUUUCCAGAAAGUUAAUUACUAUGACUGCGAAUUUAUAUGAAGGAUUAAAACUUUGUUUAGAUUUGGAAUCCAAUUACAAAAGAAUUAGAUUAAAAGGCCAAGAAUUUAAUUUUAAUGAUUUGGGGACAUGGAUUAUUGAAGAUCGUAACAAGUUAUCAGAGUUUGAAUCUGUUCAAGAGGAUUUGAGAUCUAAAUCAAUGGGUUUAUAUCCUAUAUGUUAUUUUUCACCUUUAACUAUUCUUUCUGAUUUGGUACAGAAUUUACAGAUUUGUUCAGGAAUUUCUAAAGAAUUACAACCAGAAAGUGAAACAAUAACUAUUACAGAAAGAGAUGAUUCUGAGUGUGAAAUUUCUCCUCAAGGUAGCAUUUUUAAAAAAAUAUUUCAUAAUAAAGUUUUAAAACAUCUAGGAAUUGGAAGAAAAACUCCUAAGUGUUUAAAAACAAGCUCUUCUUUUAAAUUGGUUCUGGAAAUGUUUCUAAAAGAAGGAUUGACACACAUUCCAAUUGUGACUGAAGAAGAUGAAAUAUUUACAGGAAUAGUUUUAACUAUGGAAAAGUGUUGUAUGUAUCUUGCAAGGUGUGUAUCUAAUCAAGAAAAAGCACAGAUGGAGGAUAAUAUUGAGAAUAUCUUCAAUAUAUAUGAUCAAGAAAUGUAUCACACAUUAGAAAGUGCUGUAGUACAGCUCUCAGGAUCAAAUUGCGAGAAAAAUUGUUUUGAAUAUAUUAAUGAGAAUAUGUCAAAAAUCGAAACAAAAAAGAUUGGAAAAGAAAGGGAAUUUAAGGAGGAGAGCCAAGUUAAGGAGAACAUAAAGCAUGAGAAUUUCAACUCAACAUUUUUAGUUGAUAUAUGUUUGAGUGGUGCAAUUUCUCACAUAUUACUAUCUGAAGAUCAAUGCUUAGUUCUUGUUGACAAAAAAACAAAGCAGGUUACCGCAUUAAUAGAGUUCAACAUGAGUAAUGAGAACAAGAAUGACUCUGUAUUGUAUGAGGAGGUACUUCCAGACGCAUUCUACGAAGAUCCUGAUUUGAUGAAAAUCUAUAGUUUAAAGAUUCCAGUGAAAUUAGCUAAUGAAUUUUCAGGAUUUAUAAAUGAUGAUCAGUUUACAAGGAGAUUCCCUCACAUAAAAAGGAUGCGUAAAGUAGUUAUUAAAGAAAAAGACUCGGAGUUAAAUAAUUCCUCAAUUAGUUUAUAUGAAACUAAAGUGGAGAUUUUAAUUGGCGAAACAAAAGAAUGUUUACCUAUUGAAGCAAAUAAUUAUUUAAGAGAAAAUGGCAUAGAUAAAGUUUGGGAUGUGAUAGAGGUUCCAAAAAAUCCCCCAUUAACAAGGGAAAGAUUUUCCCAACUUUCAAAAAUUUGGCCUUUAUCAUUUUUAAAGCCGAGAUUUAAUCCAGAAAUACUGUCAGAUCAAACACAGCGGGAAUCUGAUAGACUUGUAAAACUUGCUUGUAAGGUUGGAGAAUUUGCACAUACCAAUGGAAACCCUCCCAGAGGAUGUAUAAUUACAUUAAAGGGAAAAAUUGUUGCAAUUGGAGAAGAUAGUCGGAAUUCAGAUUAUCCGUGGAUGCAUUCCGUGAUGAAAGCCGUUGACAACUUCAGUAGACGUGCAAAUGCGUCAUCUCCAACACUACAAAAAGUGACUAAUUCAGUAGAAUCUGGGCAAGAAGGCAGGUAUAAAGAGAAAUAUGUCCAAGAAAUAGAAGAUGAUCAAGAUCAGUUAAUUUUAAUGAUGUCUAAAUAUAAAAUUUCUGAGGAUGAAAUACUACCAAACUCAGAAUUAAAAGAUCAAUAUUUGUGCACUAAUGGAAUUGUAUACCUCUCACAUGAGCCCUGUAUUUCGUGUUCAAUGGCAUUGGUACACUCCAGAGUUUCAAAAGUAUUUUAUAUGUAUAAAGAUAAAGAAAGAGGGUUUCUCGGAAGUAAUCACAAAUUACAUUGUGUUUCUGAAUUAAAUCAUCAUUAUAGGGUUUUUAAAGCUAGAAUCAAUUAA